AUGGGGCCCGGGCAAGAACCGCCAUCUCCUUUUUCCUUUCCCUUUCCCUUUCUUUCCUUUCCUUUCCUAUUUUGCUUGUUCGCGCUCUCCUCCAUCGUCCACGCGGCAAACCCGACCGGCUGGACUGUGGUGCCAUCCAACAACUCCGAGGACCUGUCCUGGACCGGUCAAGUGCGAUUCUACUUGCAGAGUGCCUCGGUCCAUCUACCUGAUAAUAAAACCCUCGCUCCUUUGACUGGGGCUUUGGUCAAUCUAGAUAGAACUGAACUAUCGGAAUUCAGUGUCAGCGGAGAUCUGGUGGAUGUCGACGCUGCAAACUCCCGUCAAUUAAAUAGCAGUGAAAUCGCCUUCAUCACUUGCGACAAGUCCGCCUAUCCCGGGAACUUGGAUGCCAGUUCGACCUUUGAGAACGUCAUCUCUUCCAAGCAACGGCCGUCGGCGAUCAUCCUGUAUAGUACUGAAGUACAGCACUGCAAUAUCGCCACCAAUGAGGCGGGUUUUAGCCAGUAUAACAACAUAUUUACAUUGUUGAAUGCAGACUCCUCCAGUCAACUCAAGACUGGACUCCGCUCGACCAAAGGGAACGAAACAUCGGAGUCUAACGGAAGUGUAGAGAUUGUAGCGUCGAAAAUGUCAUCUACCAUGACUGGGACUCCCCCGAUGUCUGGUUCGGGAGGUGCGACAGACAAUCCGAAUACGGCUAUGAUUAUUUUAUAUAGCAUUACGGGUAUCAUUACCGCCCUUUUCUUAGCCAUCAUCAUUACCGGAGCAGUGCGGGCCCACCGACACCCGGAGCGCUAUGGGCCACGAUAUACGGCCGGACGACCACGGCAGAGUCGAGCCCGAGGGAUAGCAAGGGCAAUGUUGGAGACGAUCCCGAUCGUGAAGUUUGGUGAUGCCCACGACUCCAUGGCACAUGCCGUCAAGGGAGACGUGGAAAUGUCUCUCGACCGCGAGGAUGGUACGAGACAGCCCCCGCAGGAUCGGGAAACCACGACAACUGGGGAAGAUACUACGAACGAUACUCAAGCCCAAACCAAUAAUCCUAACUCUCCACCCGAAUCCACCGCCGAGAAACGAACUGGCACCGAUCCCGAAACCUCCACAGAGCACCCGAACUACAUGUGCCCCAUUUGCACAGAUGACUUCGUGAAAGGGCAGGAUCUGCGAGUCCUCCCCUGCAACCAUCAGUUCCACCCGGAUUGUAUCGACCCCUGGCUGGUGAAUGUGUCGGGCACUUGUCCUCUAUGUCGGAUUGACCUACAUCCCCCUCAAGCCGAGGGUGAGCAGGAGCCGGGAGAGGGCGAGGAUCAGACGGAUCCUCACCAGGAGGGAAUGCACGAGCCGACGGCUGAGGGGUCGCAUCAACGCUCACACCGCCGGUUGACUAACUAUCUGCACGGGUCGUUGAAUGCGCGUCGCAUGCGCGAUGCCAGUGUUGAGGAGCGGCUGGCUGCCCUCCGCAGUGUACGAGAAGAAGCGAACCAGAGUGAGGAGCACGUGGACGCCGACGAGCGACAACGACGGCGCAGUCGUCUGACGACGCGACUAAAGGAUCGAUUCCGAAUCCGGACACGGCCGCACGGGGAGGAUGGUGGGGCAUCUUAA